UGCGCGCCGCCGUGGAGGCGCUCUCCGCUGCGCACUCCGCCCUGGACGCGAGCCUGCGCGGCACCGAAUCCAGCGGCGCCGAGCCCGCCGCGGCUGCGGCCGCGUGCGACGCGGCGCGCCUUGCGGCCGCCCAGGCGGAGGCCGAGGAGACGCGCGCAGGGACGUGGAUCGCCUGCGGGGCUGCCCCCGGGAGCUGGCGCUGCUCAGCAACGCCCGGCUGCACCAGCUCCAGCGAGACCGACCUGGCCGAGUCGCUGCGGCGCGUGUCCGCCGAGCUGGAGGGCAGGGCCAAGUGCUGCGUGUGUCGCGAGGAGGAUCGGGAAGUCGUGCUCAACCCGUGCAUGCACCUCGCCCUCUGCCGCGCCUGCGCCGAGCGCGUCGCCCUGUGCCCCAUCUGCCGGCGCGAGGUCAUGAGCCACAUGCACGUGACGAUCAGCUAACCAUAAGUCGGCGUCCAGGGGUGACAUCUCCCUCCUCCCGUUGCCCUCUCCUCCAUCCCUCCUCUGCUGCGUCUCUCCUCCUGCCGAGCCUGCUCCUCCUCGGCGGCCAUCGCGUCGACAGCUGCGCGAAGCAGGCGCACCCGCACCCGGCAGGCCCGGUGCUCGGCCUGGCCGACUCGGCCUCGCGCCUCACCCGAUGCUCGGGCAGGCACCGCCGCUGCUGCCGCCUCGCCUGCCGCGGCAGCGGCCGUGGUGCUCCCGCAGGCGAGCCUGCUCGGAAUGCCAGCGGUCACCGUGGCAGCAGCCGACGACUGCGAGCCGACAGACAGAGCCACAGCAUGCCCAGCACAUGUACAGC